UAUCGAAGCUGCUCUGGUAACUGAUAAUGACUCGGUGGUUGAGUCGUCUUCUUAAUUUAUUUUAUUAAGAGGUAAGGCCUCUCUGACGUGGGCUUGUGAUAUUUCAACGUGGGAAAUAUUGUUUACUAGCUCAUUUGAAACUAGCGGUGAGGACGCACGUGAGAGUGUUCCCUCCCUGGACACGAGUGGGUGACAGCUGAGAGACAAACGGGAGGUCUGAACAUGGUAGACGGGAUCAUAGACUUUAGGAACCGGGCUCAACCAUCUGCAACAGGCAGUGGAGAGGCAGAAGAGCCCUAGGGUGGUCUCUGCAUUAGGACCCAUACUACAAGGGGGGAAAGGGAAGGUACACGACGUGUUUUGGAGUUAGUGGUAAAAUAAAGAAAGUGAGGAUUCCUGUCGAGGAGGAUAAAGAGUUGCAUGAUUAGAGGGCAGAAGCUGUGCAGCUAAGUGCCUCCCUGGCUUCUAUAAGCUCACCUGUCAACUAUUGACACCCAGCACACCACUUCCAGUCUGCAGUCGAACACUCCUGACAGGAUUUGAGAAGAUUUGUCUUAAUUCAGCCUGUGUGAGAGCUCAGACGUUGCCCUGAAUCCUGGGUGACAUUUUGGUGCCAGUGAUGAGUGCCGUCGGUGAAGAUUCAUCAAGAACUUGUUCGUCAAGUUGGAGCUGACGUUGCCAAGUUCUUUCAGCUGAAGAAGAGUCUGCGCAGGGAGUCCUUGGCAUCUACCUGUGCUUCUGACGGCAACUAGAACAUCUGGAGGCGCUUUGCAACACGCCGCCAUGCCCACCAACCAGUCAUCGCCGUGGGGCGGAGGGAAUCUCAGGCCAUGCUCCAACACACAUAAUGCCCCCACUGCUGCCUUGGUUUCAGGUGCAACCUUUAAAUCGUCUUUCAGGCACACUCCACCGGAGCUCCCCAAAGCUACCAGCCUGGACAAACAUCUGCCAUCUACCGGUGCUUCAUCCAUGAUGUCAUCUGUGUGCCCUGUGUGGAAGACAGGCAGUGGAAAUGGUUCUAACACCAGGACUCACCACCUUGCAUCAGAUAAGUCAGCGAAGCAGCCAGAACACCAGAACCGGACUCAGAGACCAAAUCAGAACCUGGCAGCGUCAGAACUGAAUCGACCUAAUGCCAGGAUCAUGGUACAGGAGGUCCAGCUGAGAGGAGUCACUGAGGGCUGUUUACCAGCCCAGCCCCUUCAGUCUGGAGACGGAGCCGCAUUGGUACCUAGUCAGGAUUCCACUGACCAUGUGCCACUGGAGUCUUCACCAGGUUGUCAUGAAGACCUGUUCAUCAGAGGACAUGCCGCUGUGCCACAAAGCGCCAAGCUGAUGCCUAAGACUACAGACUGUUCCUCUUCACCACCAGUGCCUCACCUGUGCUUGAAGCUGUCCAAACAUCAGGGAACAAAGUUACGGAAGAAUACCUCUGGACACAAGGGCACAAAGCAAGAAACGAGAAGCACAAAGUGGCAGCUGAACUCUCCACGAAGGAGCCAUUCAGCGAAGAUGCCAACAAAACACACUAAGACCCAAAAUGGCCGUGCAACGCGGUCGCCUUCAAGGAAUCAGCGGCUAGUUAAAGGUGGUCCUGCGGGUGUUCUGGUUACAGCUGCAAACCGCAAAUCCCACAGUGCACCGUUGCCCCAGCUACCUACAUGCAGAGAACUGGAUUCAUCUCCCUGCAGCGAUGUGCCAGCUGUGCAGUGUGGCGGUCAACGUCUGCAGCCCACAGGGCUCCAUGCUGGUGAAGGUGUAGCUCCGUGUCUUGCUGGAGCUUUGGUGGGCUCAGUGACCAAUCAGAUAUCAGCCAUUCACCUCACCAAGGAAGGACAGCCUUCCUCCACUUCAACUCAGUCUCUGUACUCAUCCUCAUCAGUGACAGAGGAGCAGCUGAUGAGCUUGGAGUGUGUGAUGCAGGUGGAUGGAAUGGAGGAGGAGCUUCCAGAUGAGCUGGAAAAUGCCUUCAGUGAUGAUGAUGAUUCAGAAUGUUAUUCCAUCAUUCGUUCUUCUUCUUCUGAUACAUCAAUUCCUUGCAUCUCUAGUAUUGAAGAGCCGAUGGUGUUGGGGGCAGAGGAUGAUCGAGAGGAGCGACCAGCGCUUGUACCCAGCCUUUUUCCCCUCAUGCGCCCCACACUCUACUUCAGCACAGCCAAUGAGAAAGUGGAGCUGCUGCCUGCCGAACAGAGACGCCUACUCAAAUGGAAGAUGAGCUCCGUUACCCCCAACAUCGUCAAGCACACCAUCGCUAGGUCACACUUCAAAGCCACCAAGAAGAGCAACAACUGGCUGGGCUGCUGGGGACACCACAUGAAAUCUCCUGGCUUUAAGGCCAUCGGCGAGCACCAGAAGUUGAACCACUUUCCAGGAACCUUUCAGAUUGGCAGGAAGGACCGACUUUGGAGGAAUCUGUCCAAGAUGCAGCAUCGCUUUGGCAAGCAGGAGUUUAACUUUUUCCCAAAGACGUUCAUUCUUCCUCAGGAUAUCAAACUGCUGCGGAAGGCAUGGGAAGAUAGUGGCUCCAAGAAGAAGUGGAUCAUCAAACCUCCUGCAUCAGCCAGAGGAAUGGGGAUCCAGGUCAUCCACAAAUGGAGUCAGCUGCCCCGCAGGAGACCACUGCUGGUGCAGAAGUACCUUCACAAACCCUACCUCAUUGGCGGGAACAAGUUUGACUUGCGGAUCUACGUCUACGUGACAUCCUACGAGCCGCUCCGAAUUUACCUGUUCUCUGACGGACUGGUCCGCUUCGCCAGCUGCAAGUAUUCAUCUUCCAUGAAGACCCUAAACAACAAGUUCAUGCACCUGACCAACUACAGCGUGAACAAGAAGAACUCUGAGUACCAGACAAACAGUGAUGACAAGGCCUGCCAGGGACACAAAUGGGCUUUGAAGGCUCUGUGGCACUUCCUUGGCUCUAAAGGCAUCAACACCGACCUGAUAUGGGAGAAGAUUAAAGACAUUGUGAUCAAAACUAUUAUAGCUUCUGAGCCAUAUGUGAACACCCUGCUGAAGAUGCACGUGAAAACGCCUCACAGCUGCCACGAGCUGUUUGGCUUCGACAUCAUGCUGGACGAGAACCUCAAACCCUGGAUCCUGGAGGUCAACAUAUCACCCAGCCUCCACUCCAACUCUGCCCUGGAUGUUUCCAUUAAAGGCCAGAUGAUCAGAGACCUCCUAAACUUGGCCGGCUUCAAGAUUCCCCCGAAAGAAGAAGUGGUGUCCUCCUGCAGCAGUGCCUCCAGCUCCACCAGCAGUUUGCAUGGAGGGAACAAAGGAAAGAGCAAAUCUGAUCUGUCUGCUGAUGAGAAAGUAAAACGAGCCUUUUUCCUUGCACAGCGCUAUGCUGACCAGGACUUCCUAUCAUCAGUGUUGGACAUUUUGACUCCUGAGGAUGUCCGCGUGCUGGCCGAGAGCGAAGACGAAUUGAAUCGACGAGGAGAGUUUGAGCGCAUUUUCCCAUCGCAGUCUUCAUCACGCUACCUUCGCUUCUUUGAGUGUCCCAGAUACCUCAACAUUCUGCUGGAUCAGUGGGAGCAGAAGCACUGCAAUGACCGGACCAAAUGCAUCAGUUUUCUGAGGCUUCUCUGUCAGAAAGGAAUCCAUCUGGGGAGCAGUGACUCCGCUCACAUGUGGUCCAAGAGUCGCUGCAAGUCGAGGACGGAAGCCCAGAAACCAGGUGUGGCGAGUCCAUCCAGAUCCAGGGUGGUGGUCAGCCAUCAUAACGCCUCUGAUGGCGACUGUUCAGACCCAGAGUCGCCGUCUGUCUCCAGCCUGCUCAGCUCCCAGAGUACAGGGUCCAGUGUGUGCAGCAGUGCCUGUUCCAGCCCUCAGCCCACCCCCAUUCAGAACCUGCUGCCUCAGCACUUUUCCUCCUUCUGAUGAUAUCUGGGACCAGAACUGACACAGAAACUGGGUACCACAGAGUCCUCCAAACUCUCUGGAGCUAAAAGAACGAAGGACUCUGUUCAGGUUUACUUUAACUGGACCGUCAGAGGGACAAACAGCAGCUGCUUCUGUGGCCUUUAGAAAAUCGAUCUUGAAAUUUCUGCUAAAUUGAAGCAGAGAAGCUUUUACUUAAUUUUUUUUUUUUGGACAUUUUUCCAGGGGACCCCCAAAGAGUGGCCCCUGCCCCCGUUUGCUCUGGUGAUGAAAGGUCGUCGUGUCAGCUUUUGUGUCCUGUCCUGAAAGCUGGACACACCCAGAGGCCCUGAUGCGUCCCUUCUGUCUGCACCUCUGCGACUCGCCCGGGCCUGUCAGGUUGCCACGGUCUCAGUCUGUUGCAGUGCUGGGUUUUGCUUCUAAGGAGGAACUUUGAUAGCAGAACGGGAUGUAAUGCGAGAUUUAUUUCAGUAGGCAUGUCAAACAUAGGCAUGGAAACGAGCUCAUCAGGCUGCGUUGAGGUUCUGUGCAGCUCUGUCGGCUCAGAACAAGAAUUCACUGUGAUAACUCUGAGCUGCUGCAUGCAUCACACCAGCUGAACCUUUUUUUCCCUCCAGGCUGAUGCGGUGCUGAUCCUCACUGCCUCCCCAGGAGUCAGGCUGCAGGGUCCUGUUCACAACACAGAAUCAAAGUGUCCAAGGCUUUUUGAAGGGCUGCUCUCAGCUGAAGCCUAACCGAAGCUGUUUUCAUCUCGCAUGUUUCCAAGUUGCUUGAGUGGAAGUUUGUUUGAGCUUCAUGUAUUCCUUCUUAACAGGUUUCAGUCGGACUAACGUUCUACCUCUGUUAUGGUGAUGAGAGCAAGUAAAUGCUGUAGUUCAAGUAUUUCAGGGUCAUUACCCGGCUGCUGUGGGAGGCAGCUGGGAUUUUCCAAUGCAAAAGACAAGAAGUGGGCUUCCUGCCACAAAAUCAAGGAUGCACAAAGCUGAAAAGCGCUCUGUGUUUCUGUAUUGUGUUUGCCGAUUUAAUAUAUAGUAUUUUCCAGAAGUUUGUUUUUUAACCCUGUUUGUACACAGCUGCUAAACUAAUGUUCCUCUUUUCACUGGUCUCUUCAGUAGAACAGUGUUUAAUAUGCAUAGUUUGACAUCAGUCAUCUCAGAACAAAAACCAAUUGGCAGUGAUUAGACUGUGAUUUGACGUUGAUGUGUAGCUGCGCAUAACGACCACCAGGGGUCCUGCUGCACAGAGCAUCAUCGGUUUUGGCAGGUUUUUAUGGAGCAGAGUGCUAACAUCACAUGCCUUAGAGUUGUGCCUUGUGUGUCAUUACAGAAAGAUUAGAAAGACGAUGAAACAUGAGUGAAUUGUUGCUUAAUUAAUAGUUACUUGCUUAUUUUGAAACUGCUUGCUGAAAUCUGAUGGGUAAAGUCGGUGCUUCCCCAGGCUGGGACCAGGACCACACGUUUCAUUCGACAAGUGUGGCGUCCUUGACUUCCUCAGAACAAAAUAGAAUAAAAGUUAUAAGGCGGAGCAUAUUUAUGAGAGAAACGGCUAUUUUACUGUAAACAUUUGACUUGGUUAGGAACUCUGCUUGCAGGUACUUUGUAAAGUCUGACUUGUGUAAUAAAUCCCAUUGAAAACAUGUCCAUCCCCAGCUGUCUGCAGAGAAGCUGCUGCUGGUUUACUGAACAUGCCUUAAGCCUCUGUGUGACAGCAGUGUCCCCAUACUGAGGCAUUCUCUGUUGUUUGCAUUCACAGAAGCACCUCUGGAUCUUUUAAUCCACCGGUCUUUGUUCAAGGAUGUUUUAAAUGCUCAGGUUGACAUGGAGCAAAUAAAAGUUAUUAGACAUACAAUU